AUGAGUUUAGAUGAAUUGCAUGGCACACUGACAGCAUAUGAGAUGAGGAUGGUGAAGGUAAAACCUACCGAAAAGGAAGCUGCAUUCAAGGCCAUGAAGAAGAUAAAAAUUAAGCAAGAAAGUAAAUCAGAUGAUUCUGACGAUGAGUUGAUAGUUUAUCUUGCAAGGAAGCUCAAGAAAGGAAGAGGAAAAUACAAGGGAAAACUUCCCUUAAAAUGCUUCAAUUGUGGAGGCAUUGGUCAUUUUGGAUCGAAGUGUCCAGAGAAAGGUAAGACAGAUGAUUCAGAUGAAGAUAUCCAUGAAAGUAAAACCAAGAAAGGAAGUUCAUCUGGAAGUGAAAAGACUAAAGGUAAGGGCACUACAGGGAAUUCAGUGAGAUUCGUUAGUGAAAAACCAAAGAACUCUAAUGUUGAAAAGUUUUCUAAGAAGAAAGUUGACAAAGAUGGUUUCACCACAGUCAAUCAUCAGAAGCCCAAGAACUUUGGGAGAUAUUCAAGACAGGGACAGAGCUACUUUAAUGGUUAUUGCUAUUGGUGUAAUGUUUAUAGGCACAGGUUGGCAGAAUGCAAAAGACAAGUCAAGCCUACAAAUUUCAUAAGCAUGAACAGGUAUGCUCCACUUAGAGUGGAGAGUGUGGAAUGCUACAGGUUAGGACACAUGGCAAGGAAUUGCAGAACCAUACUUUCCUCACAGAGGCAAUCUAGAAGAAACCUGAAGAAGAAUCCUCCAAAGAAGGAAGGUCAAAAACAGAAAGUGGAUGUUGAAGAGAAAAGAAGGAAACACAUCACAAUGGUAGAGAAGGUAGUUUGGAUUGAGAAAAAGAAGAAAGGGAACAGUGACAGUUCACUUAUUGUUCAAACUGCUUUCCAGGCACACAGUAAACCAUCACCAUGGAUUCUUGACAGCAGAUGCUCUACUCAUAUGAUAGGUGAUAAAGAUAAAUUUCUGAAUCUAGAACAUGUUGGAAAAGGCUCAGUUAGAUUUGGAAAUAAUGAUGGCGCUAGAGUUGAAGGAAAAGGAAAAAUCAGAUUAUACAAUGGACAUAUUUCUUCUAAUAAUGCCUUGUAUGUUAGUGAAUUGAAACACAACAUCUUGAGUAUCAGUCAGAUAUGUGAUAGUGGCAAUGAAGUUCUAUUCACCAAAGAUGGGUGUGUGAUCAAGAAGACAAAGAAUGGAAAGAUUGUGGCACAAGGAUCAAGGAUAGCUCAUAAUCUCUAUGCACUUUCUGAAGGUCUUAAAGAAAUGUGCAUGAUAAGCAAGAAAGGAGUACUUCUCGACGACAACCUUGAAGCACUCAAAGACAAACCUGAAGUUAUUACUCCACAAGAACAAUAG